AUGAGCAAGUGGAUCUGCAAAGUCUGCCUCCUGAACAACCCCGAGGAAGAAAAGGUCCAAAUCAACUCCCCCAACAGCGCAGUACUAGCGUACCAAUGCCAGAAGUGUCAUUCGGAGAGACAGGAUGCUGAAGGGAAUAUCAAUAACAUCGACUGGAUCAUCUGUCUCAGUCCCAGUCUUGAAGAGGUAAACCCCGUCGGAACUAAAAACUGCCCGGCCCCACAAAGACAAGAUCGACAGGUUAUUUGCAGCAAGGCAAUGCCCGGAGAGAAGCUGCAUGUCCAUGGGUUGGAUUUCAAGCUGGCAGAUGAGUAUGUGCGUUUCGUGAGGGAGGAUGAGCAUCCUGGCCCGUGGUUUUGCACGAGGUCGAAUACGGAUAAUGAGGAGGGGAGGACAGAGUGCAAGGCGGAAGGUUGUGGGGUCAAAUUGGGGGAAAAUGGAGAUGAUGGGGCGUAUAGGAUUCAUUUGCUUCAGGAGGAGGGAAAAUAG